AUGUGGUUCCUACAGGACGGCGCCAUACGCCACACAGCGAAUGUUACGAUCGAUUUAUUGGUAACCAAGUUGGGUGAACGUGUUAUCUCACGAAAAGGCCAAUGCUUCGCAACGAUAGCUCUCCUUGCCUGCGUCUCGCUCGCCCGUGCCGAACCACCAGUGCCCCAAAACCAAUACUUGCCCCCCAACCAAGGUGGCCAACAGCCCUCAGCCCAAUACUUGCCGCCCACCCAGUCAUUCCAGUCGCCGUCCAGCAACUACCUGCCACCACAACGUAGCGGCGGCGCUGCUGGCGCUCCACCCAGCACCAGCUAUGGCGCGCCCGCUGCCGGUGCGCCCAGCUCACAAUACGGUGCACCAGCAGCGCCCAGCUCGCAAUAUGGUGCUCCUGCUCUGACCGGUGCCAUCUUCUCCAAGCAGCAAGGCGGUAAUGGCGGUUAUGGCAGCGGCAGCGGCAACGGCGGUUAUGCUGGCGAGGAACAAUACGGUCCAGCUAAAUACGAAUUCAAAUACGACGUGCAAGACUACGAAUCCGGCAAUGACUUCGGACAUAUGGAACAACGCGAUGGUGAUUUGGCUGUUGGCCGUUACUACGUGCUCUUGCCCGAUGGCCGCAAACAGAUCGUCGACUACGAGGCUGACGGACAUGGCUACCGUCCCACCAUCCGUUACGAACAGGUCAACAACGGUUUCAACGGCAAUGCUGGCGCCGGUGGACGUGGCGCACAGGGUGGCCAAUUCGCUGGCUACCAAUAA